AGCCCAGGCACGCUGUAUCGACGCGAAGCAUAUCGUUCCCAUCCAACACUACUUCGAGGUAAGAGCAUAGUGACAAGAUCAUGACACUCGGGAAUGCUAUAGCUGCUCCUAUUCCGGCAGCCACGAUGAGACAACCGGAAGUAGUCAGACCUUAGGAACCUUGUGAGCGCCUACCAAAAGUGGGCUCUUACUCCCUUUCAUCUACAACGAGCAGGACACAUCGAAGGCCUAGAAUGAUCAUGGAUACUUAGAUCGCCGAGCAGGAAGUGUUCCUGCCCCUCGUGACGCCAGCUAUGAUGCGCCGUGAAGCUGUCGUGAUCCGCCAUCGUGACUUCAUCGAAUCUUGCAUGCUUGCACUAAUCCUCCUCCUCGCAGCUUCGAAGUCUCUGAUACUGUAUGGCAUCCACGAUCUGCCCUACACGUCUCCCUUCAGCGCCCUCUGCACCUUCUUUACGGAUGUGGCUGUCGGUCUGCGGCUCUCGAUUCCCUUUAGUUCACCUAUCGCAACAUUAAUCUUCGUUGCUUCGUUUUACUUCGUCCGACCAGAGCGACUAGUCGUGACCUGAUACCUCGUUCUGCUUUGCUACUUCGUUGGAGCGACGUCGGGUGCUGUGUUGCUGCUGUGGGCCUAGAGGCGAUAGAGACGACGCUAAGAUAGAAACGGAAUAGCUUGAGGUUGUCGUCAAGCCCGAUAGCGGAUGCAAAGGAAGUUGCAUCGCUUGACGUGGGAAUGUUGAAG